AUGCCCCUCUUCUGCUCUCGCCCUUCGACGAGGACGCGCGUCCGCAGCGAGCCUCUCGCGGCCGCCCUCAAAGAGCAGGAUGAGCGGAUCAAGGAGCUCGAAGCGGAGGUGGCAGCCCUCGGCCGUGCAGUGCACCUCACCAGCGACGUGUCACAGGGGGAGCAAGCGGUUCGAACCGUGCACCCCGCCAGCGACGUGUCACAGGGGGAGCAAGCGGUUCGAACCGUGCACCCCGCCAGCGACGUGUCACAGGGGGAGCAAGCGGUUCGAACCGUGCACCCCGCCAGCGGUGCGUCACAGGGGGAGCAAGCGGUUCGAACCUCCAUGGUGGACGACCGCUCCUCUGCUCUCGAGGGCGACGCGCCCAAGGAGCGGCUCGAGGCGCUCACUACAGCCUACCAGCGGCUGCUGCAGGAGGAAUCGGCAAACCUCUCGGCUAUCAGCCGCUCCUCCCUCGUCGCCAUGUCGCGCGACGGCCUCAAUGGCUGCUCGCGGGCCGACGCAGAGCCAUGCGACGUCUUCGACUGUCACUUGACCGGCCUCAUCGACUCGCAGGACCUCCCCACGCUGCGCAUUGCCCUGCUCGACGCGGCUGGAGGUGGCGGCGGCGGAGCGGGGAGGGACUUUGACGCGGACGACCCCUCGACCUGGUGCGACGACCGGCUGCGGCGCCUCGACGCAGACUCGCUCGUGGCGCUGCGUCGCACGCUGGGCGGCGGCGCUGGCGCGGGCCUGCCCAUCAACCAGCCGCUCUCGAUCAUCUCCCUUUUGGACGAGCAGGGCCAGCCUCGGCACGGCGGGCAGGACAUCUCGACCUUCUUCUUCCCGUUCGACAAGCACGCGCUGACCCACUCCAAGGACGCCAUCAACGACUUCGUCCUGCUCGCCUCCGCCUUUGACUCGCCCACUCCGCACAACAGCAGGGAGCGCCUCGCGGCGCUGCGGGAGCACCUCUGGCCCAAGGAGGCCUCGCCCAUGCACACGCUGCGCUUCCUCGGCGACACGAUCUACUCCAAGUCGGGCGGGCUCGCGCUGCUGCACGAGGACGACAUCGACCGCCUCGAGGACGUGUCCAAGGACGGCCGCUUCGACGUGGUGCGCACGACGCGCAAGGGCAGGUCGCGCUACUUCCCCAUCGUGCGCAACGAGCCCCUGCUGGAGCACCCCACCAUCCGGCUCCGGGAGGGCGGCAAGUCUAAGCCUCUCGCCGUCAAGCGCGCGCUGCUGCACGCGUGGCCUCCCGAGGACGGCCUCGCCGCGGCAACGUUCGACGAGGGGCGCAGCGCGGCGGUCGGGCUCGAGAAGGCGCUCGUCAAGGAGGGGUUCGACUUCGACGCGCGGUGUGACCUCCUCGGCGUCACCGAGAAGGCGGCGCUCGAGAAGUGGUCGAGCAGAGGGCUCCAGGACGGCAGGGACGCGCGCUGGCUCGAGGCGGUGCGCGCCGAGACCAUGCGGCUCGUCGCCACGCAGGGGGGGGAGGGGGCGGCGGGCGAGGGCGACGCGGCGCCGCUGUCCCUUGAGGCGCUGCACCGGGCGGUGCCGUCGGCCCUCUGGCUGGCGGCGCCGGGCGGCGAGGCGGCGGCUGCGGAGGCAUUGCUGCGCGAGCUGAGGCGGAACGUGGAGUACGUGAGCGGCAACGACGCGGCGGGGAGCGCGGUGCUGCGCGAUGCGGGCAACUUGAAUAAGAGGCUGGCCGAUUUUGUGGCGAUGACGCCGGCGCGCGUCGCGGAGCUCACUUGGAGUGAGGUGGCGGCGCUGCGGCUCUACACGUCGUCGACGUUCCGGCUGAUCAACGGCCCGCUGCGCGCAAAGCUGAAGCCGCACCCGCUGGCCGCGACGGCGAUGCUCGUCUCGAACGCGCUCAAGAAGAUGCGCGCCAACCACAUGGACGCGGUGGCGAAGUUCCGGCCGACCUUCUUGUGGCGCGGCAUGCGGGACAUGGCCGUGGAGGAGAACUUUUUGCUGCAGGGCGGCACCGAGCUCGCCUGCAUGAGCAGUUCGGCGAGCCUGGCGGUGGUGGGCGCGUACGCCGCCUCCUGCACGCCGCUCCUCUUCCGGAUCAAGGUGGACUCGCCGAUGGAGCAGGGGGCCGACGUGAGCUGGGUGUCGCUCUACCCGGGCGAGGCCGAGUACCUCUACCCUCCCCUCACCUUUGUCAAGCCGCUUUUCGUGCAGGACAUCAAGGACGUGGACAAGGGCCGCGUGGUGACUGUGAAGCCGUCCUUCCCGAGCUGA